AUGGCGAUGCCAGGCAGCGCCUCCGGUCAGAGCUCCACAGCUGCGUCGACACCGCACCGUGUCCCCUCCUCGCCGGUGCCGCCGGGGUGCGCUGGCUGGGACGGCCCGUGGACUCCCUCGUGCGCGCCUUACCCCGCAGCGUGUCUCGGGCCGUCGACGGACGCUCCGCUUGCAGCUCUGGCGUCGUCGCUGAGGGCGGCGCAAGAUGAGCGAGACGCGGCGGCGCGCAAGGCCUGCGCGGCGUCCUGGGGCGAGGCGGGUCAGGCGCCUGCUCAGCUCGAGGCGGAAACCGACACGCGAGCGCAGGAGGCGAGAGACACCCUUGGCACGUUGUCGCCCCACCUCGGCGCCCAGCACGGAGACAGCCAAAAUACGAAGACGGAUCUCGACUGGGAGAAGAUGCUCCUCUUCCUGUCGCGUGCCACGCCCGAGAAAAAGCGAGGCCGCGUCUCUCGAGGCCCAAAGGACCCGGAAGAAGGACAGCGCAGGGAACAAAUCAAACGCGGGAGGAAACUGAGGUCGGCCCCUGCACGCGGCGAGGCCGAGACGAGAAACCACUUGGAGCCUGGAGUGAGCGACGGGGCUGCGGCCUGUGCUCCCCUGGGUUCUCUCGAGCCUGCGCCGACUUGCCUCCGUCCCGGAGCUGUGUCUGCGCGGGAGCUACUGCCGCUCCAGGGGUCGGCCGUCGAAGGGAAGGACGAGACAGGCAGAGCACCUUCCGGCCGCUCCCAGCGCACUGCCGUGAAGACGGGAGCAAGAUCUCGAGGCGGGAGAAGCGGGGAAGACAGAUCCACCUCUUUACUGCCGUCUCCCCCCCUUUCGUCGCUUUCUCCUCACGUUCCUGGCCUCCAGCUCGGUCGCCCCGUGUCUGCGCGCGCUCCAAAACCGGCAGUUUCGCCUUCAUUCGCCCAGUCGUCGACGUGUGCGCCCUGCGAAAGCGCGAGGCCUGCUGUCUCGUCACCUGCGACGCGUGACACGCAGUGGACGCACACCCGAGAGCGCCAAGCGAGCUGCGAAGGGGACGCCGCCGUCUGGCCGUCUUCCGUGCUCGCGUUCUCUGCGAGAAGCCAGCACCAGCCUGGAUGCGGAGGAAAAGGCCAAGACGGCUGGACAGAAAGCGUCCCUGAGGGCACCGCUCGCGCGUGCGCGCCAGCGGCAGUCUCGGGUGGAGAUACACCCCAGGUCGGACCCCGGGUGGCCUCCCGAGGCAGAGGGCGAGGCCGGAAGCAACAGAGUCGCGGGAGAUCGGGGAAAAAAGGCGAGACAGCCGAGCAGGGACGACAGACGGAAGGUCGGAGGGGACGCGGAAGAGAGGGCGCGCCGCAGGCGGCGGUCGUGCGCAACGGCGAGUGGCCGAAGCAAGUCGAGGAGACUUCAGGUGGACGUACACCUCGUGAGCGGCCGUGCACAGGUCUCCCAGCCACAGACAGACCUUCGGGAGCGACGCCGUCCGCGGGCGAACCAGCGAAUGCGGGCCAGGAGUUGGAAGACUCGCUGGCUGAGUUGUUCGUUGCUCCAGGUGAACCCGAGACGAAAGGGGACGGAAACGAUGGAGGCGAAGACGGAGAAGGGAACGUCGCCGGCGGGCUCCUCGACGACAGCGUCUGGUUCUCGGAGACCGAGGCAGAAGGCGCGAAGCGAGACGGCUGCGACGAAAACGAUCAGGGACAGCGCGACGCCAAGACAAGUCAGAUCGACGUCGACGAUACCCUCCGCAUUCUCUUCCCAGACGAUGCUCUGGAGGACUCGUCUUUCUCGGGUGACGCUCUUCCGUGUUCGCCUGGUCUGCCCACUGCAUGCGAAGACAGCGUGGACGGGAACGGGGAAGCCCAGCACACCCUGGUCGUCGAGGACCAACGCCUCGAGGUCUCCCUGUCACCUGCAGAGGGCGUCGCUUCCGCAGAAGAAAGAGGAUCCUUUUGUUCUUUCGAAGCUCCUCCGGAGGAGGUCGGGGGUUCGUCGAUAAGCAGAACGGAGGACGCAGACGCAGUCGCGAAGGCGACAGACACACAGCUUUCGGGUCAACCUGCCUCGCGCCCGGUCGUCUCGUCUCCACCUCUUUAUCGGGCUUCCUCUUGCGCUCCCUCUUGCGUCGCUGCCGCGCCGUCCGACUCUCAGUUUCCUUUCUCAGUGCCUCCAUCCGAGUCUUCUUCGUUUGCACCCUCUUUCAUGUCUGCUGUUGCGCCGCCCGCGCCUAAGUCGUCUUCCUCGUCUUCUUCGUCUUCCGAUUCUUUUUCUGGCGUCGCUUCCUCGUCUGCCUCUUCCUGUGGCGUUCGUUGCGCUUCGUGCGAUUCUUUGCGGCGCGAAUUGCUUGCGGUUCGCUUGCGGGGAUUCCGAGAAUGGGCGGAAAAGUACAAAACUUUGGAGGUUGCGAUCGAAGAGAAGAUCGGCCUGAUUCACCAGUUGGAGAGGCGUGAGGAAGAGAUGGCCGCGAGCCUGGAGGAAGAGAAGGCGCUGCAUGCAGAGGAGCGAGAGAGGCGGCAGCGGAGCGAGGAAACCGCGGCGUCUCUGCGCGCCUGUCUCCGGGAACUCGAGGAAGAGAGGGAGAGGCGGCGAGAAGACGAGGCAGAACUCCACCAGCUUCUCGUGUGCACGCAGGAAGAACUCAAGAGAGAAAAAGACACAGUCAGAAGGCUCGAGAGACUCGCACAACUCGACGCCCAACACAUCCAAGAUUUGACGCGGAGCCUCCGAACCGCAGCUCGUCGUGCCCGCCACGACCGAAAAGAAGACGCCCACAGAGAAGAAGACGGAGACAUUGAAGAAGACGGAGAAAGUGAAGAGGAAGAAGAGGCAGAAUAUGAGAAAGAUGCAGAGAGCGGAAGUGUGGGACGGAGUGCACGGUGGACUGGCGAAGACGACGCUUCUGGAGCGGCGGCUGGAGAAGAAAGAGGAAGCGAAUUCGACGUGUUGGUGCCGCGUUCUCCACGGGAGCCAGAAUCGUCUCUGCUUCCGCACGCGAGUCUGGACGAAGACCUUUUUGGGGACGACCGGCGCGGGGAGAGCGAGGCAGAGCCGCCAGGGGCUGCUGCACAAGAGGCGGCGAGCGAGGUGCGAGGCGCGCGCGCACGCACCGAGUGCAUGGAGGCCGAAGACGAAGAGGCAUCUGAAAAAGCGGGGGGAGACGAGGAAAACGGUUGUGGGGCAGACACAGCGACAUCGAACGAGGGUGAAGAGAGGGAACCCGAUUCGCUGCCAAGAGGAGAAUCCGCACGGAGUCGUGGACAAGUGAACGAGAGAGAAGUCAUAGGGAGCGAAGGAGAGGCGGUUGAGGCAGACCAGGAAGGAAAAGUUGACGAGUCGCUGGAAUCUGUGAGCUGCGAAGGCGCAGCCGACGAGGCCGAGCGACGCGAAGGGGACACUUUGGAAGAAGGCGACGCGAAGGCAGAGACAGUCUCAGCGGUGAAGACCCACAGCGCCGGACGCGAGGAGGAGCACUGGACGGAAGGCGCCGAUUGCCGCGGUGAUGCAAACCCCGCGGGAGGCGACACGCGAGGACUGUGCGGAGAAGAGGAGGAUCCACGUGAUAGGGACAUGUGCUUUGCUGAGCCGCUGUUCGCAUACGCCAUUCAAAAUGCAACGACAGACGCAAACAGUCGAUGCAGCACAGUGUCCCUCUCGGAUUCGUCCUGCGUGCUGAACGAGGGCUUCACCACUCCUGUCGGCACGAACCUUUCGUCGCUGUCUCCUCUUGCUUCUCUCCCGUCUUGGCGCUGUGGGGCACCGGCGAAAAGCCGACACGUGCGGAAGGCGACCUUCUCUUUGCACCGCAUGCAGGAGCGGCGGCGUGGCAGGCGAAAGACGCGCGUUUCGUCUCGCUCAGUUUCGCGCUCGGCGGGACAGCAGGCGGAUGACGCCGCAGUCCGCGCCGCCAUCGCAGAGCAGGGCAACGCCCUCGCGAGUCUGGCGUUGUCGGGUCUCGACCGAGAGGACGGGAGAGGAGAGAGCGAGGAAGCCGCCCGCGGUGUCUGCGGCAUGCCGGAGGAUGUCGGGGGGUUGUCGGGCCGUUCCUGUCUCUCGGGGGGUUGGGGAAGCGGAAUCUUGGCCACCUGCCGAGUUUCACACGCGAUUCGCGUUCGAAAGCAAAUAGCGGAAACGGUCAAUCAACUCCGUCGCUCCCUGGCGCCGUCGUCUCUCUCUUCCUUGUCCCCGCUCCUUGCCGCUCUCCAUGCGUCAGCGUUCAUUUCCUUUCUCACCCAAUUCAAAUCGCCAGUCGCUUCCUCCUCUUCGUUUCCCCGCUCUGCGUCUCAGCUUUUCUCUCAGUCUCCUUUUCCUUUUCUGGUGCCUGGUCUCCCGCCUUUGCUUCUUCGGCGGCUUCGCGUGCUGGUGGGUGUGCUGCGGGAAGUCUCAACGCGCUCCGUGGCGGGCCGUCUCGCCGAGCCGCGUUCCGGUUCUCAGUUUGUUUGUGUGAAGAGACGCUGGCGAGGAGACGCAACCCUGGAACUGUCGCUGCGGCGAAAGAAGCGACGGGUGGUUCGCUCUCGCCGACGCCGUUCUUCGUGCGACCUCUUCAACGACGAGAGUUCGCCGGCAUCUCGCGCGGCGGUCUCUGCGGAAGGAAGCGGGGAACGCAGAGGUCUUUCGGCUCUGCAUGUCUCGCGGUCCGAGGGAACGGUCUCUUCUCCACAGACCCUCUGCCCGUCUCUUGCGCCUUCCUCGGCGGGGACUCCGUUUUCCUCGUCUCCGUGGCAGCAGGAGCUUCUGAAGACGCACUUGCGUCUUGAACGCGAGCGAGAGGGCUGGGAGGGAGACGGCCGAGAGCCGCCUCGUGCUGUUUCGGAAGAACAGAGACACGUGGAGACGCUCCGAGAGAAGAACGGCGUGGAGAGAGGCAGGAGAGGGAAGGGAGACUGUCUGUCGAGGACGGGGCAGCGAGGCAACGAGCAAAGAGAGCGACUCGGCUCCUGCCGCUCCCUGUCUUGGAAGGCAGGGAGAGACGCAAGCCAAGAUGACAGGGGCGGCGAACGCACAGCGGGGAGCCCGGCUUUCUUCUUGACCGAGCACGUGGCUCUGACUGACUUCCUGCGCAUCGGUUGGGCAAGGCGCCUCCCUGGGGGGGUUCAUCCGCAUGCGUUUCCUUCGUUCUCUGUCUCUUCUGCGCGGCUUGGAGACGCGAUGGCGGAGACAAAAGAGGGCGACGGCGAAGCGGAAGCGGCGAGGUGCCGCGCCGAAACCGAGACUGCCUUCUUGGCCUUCUGUUGGGGCUUUUGCCGCGGCGACGAAGCUGCCGAGAGCGUCUGCAUCGCCGACGAAAACUCGAAAGACAACGAGACGCGGCGCGAGGGCGAAUCGAGGUCUCGAGUUGCGGCGUCUUCCCAGCUUCUCGCUCACAUCCGCCGUGUGCCUUCUCUCUUUGAGGCGCUUCAAGCCGUAGAGUCGAGCGGAGACAGGGAGGCCGCAGAUCUUUCGGACCGAGUGCGUCUCUCCUUCCCCGUCCAAGACCCGAAACCGCCUCGCCCUUUUUUCCCGGACGUGGCGGAAGGGAAAGGAGAAGCGUUUUCUUCUCGCCUCUCAGCCUUUUGCUCUCUUGGAUGGCUUGCGGGGCUGCAUGGCUCUUCGGUCCGUGCAUGCGUCUCUUCUGGAGCCUAUGGCGUGCAUGCAGCUGCCUCGCUUGUCCUCCUUCGGACGGUCGCGGCCGCGUUUCCCGGUUUCGAGGCCAGGUGCGCUCCCGUGCUGCUGCGGGCCUUCCACGAAACUCUGGAGUUUCUCUCCUGUGCGUUUGCCGAGGUCGGAAACCAACUGCUCGGCUUUGCAGCAGAGGACCGGCACGCGCGAGCGACGGAUGACGCAAACAGUGGAGAAGAGGAAGAGGAGGUGCUCGCGAGGCAGGGGACGAGCGACGGUCUUCGGGCUCUGCGGGGAGUCGUUCGGCAAGGAAGAAGUCUCGCUGGCUCUCUUUUAACCUCAGCUCUGCUGUCUCACGUAUUGGGCGACGGAGGAGACAGGCAAGACGGGUCUUCACGCGGAAACGACGAAUCGAAAUUGCACGUGUUCGCAUGCCGCUGCCAGUCGGGGUUUUCCGUUGAAAAGAAACUCGGGGAGACUGCGACGGCCCCUCCGUCUCUCUGUCCCUCAAAGCCGAAUCGUUUGGCCGACGCCGUCGGGGUCUGCUGGCUCGCCGCUCUGCGGUCUCCCUCGUGUCUUCCUGGCCGUCGUCGAGGUGUCGUCGAGGCUUCCAUGAAGCGCGCAGAGGCGCAUGCGGGCCGUGGCGCUUCGCCUGUCGCUUUGCCUGGCAAGGGUUCGCUGUCUCCCACAAGCGAAGCGGAGCCCAGUCGAGGCGCGCUCGAUGAAGAGCGGCCCACAUGCAUCCUAGAACACCUCCUGGAUGCCGUGCAUGCACUCGCGGAGACUGACGCAGAGCCCUCUUUCGUCUCGUGCAUGCAGUUUUGGAAGCGACUCCUGAUGGCUUUUGCUGCUGCGACGGCUGCGGAGGACGCGCAAGUCCAGGCUGGCGAGAACCCGUCGGCAGAAGGCGACAGUCUCGGGCCGGAAAGGCGUCACAGGACAGACGAGGCAGAGCAGACGAACGCAGUAGCGGGGGAGCGCGGCACGGUCGUUUCUCGGCGUCUAUGCCAGCUAGCAAGGCACAUUCGUCUCGCGAUAGUGUUCCGAGACAUGCUGGUCCGUUACUGCGAGCGGGCUGCGCAUCGGGCGGAUGCCUUUUCAGCGGCCGCUGGAGCCGUUCCAUCUGUGUGCGACGCGGAAGAAAACCUCAGCGAGCGCACGCAGCGGCUGUUCAGGUGGGAACUGAAGCAGCGACGGCAGAAGCAUCGAAGCGUCGAGGACGAGAAACAUAUGCAUGCCACGCUGUUUCUCUCUGUCGCACUCUUGGAGAUCUGGAGUCAGCAACUGGAGGUGACUCAGAGAGACGCUGGCGAGAAAGGAAAGAACGCGGAGAGAAGCGAGACCGAGUCGGAACUGAUUGGCGGGGCGCCUUUCCUCGCGGUGCUCGCCGAAGUUCGGGCUGCCGUCACGAGCAUCCUGGAAAUUUUGGGGGAGGAGCGAGCCUGCGAAGCGCAUGUGAGUUGCGAGGGCGGCGAGGAGAAAGGCCAAACAGAAGAGGGAAAACAGCGGAAGGCGAAGGCUGGCAGAACCUAG